AUGUCUGAAGAAUCACCAUUAAGAACCGUUGGAUUCGACGCUAGAUUCCCUCAACAAAAUCAAACUAAACAUUGUUGGCAAUCAUAUGUUGAUUAUCACAAAUGUAUUAAUGCAAAAGGUGAAGAAUUUGAACCAUGUAAAGUUUUUUUCAAAACUUAUUCUGCAUUAUGUCCAGUUGAUUGGACUGAAAAAUGGGAUGCUCAAAGAGAAGCUGGUAACUUUGCUGGUAAUUUGAAGCCAUAG